AUGUUUUCACCCUCCAGAUGUCAGUUACACUUAACACUGAUGGCAGUGUCAGUAUUCUCUGUAACCGCCCGACCUGACACCGUGAAAGGGCUGCACCCAUGUCCAGGUCCGCCUGACAAAGGUCCGUGCAACAGGAACAUCUACAAAUGGGCGUACAGCCACGAGCUGGAGGAAUGCAUAAUGUUCUCGUGGGGUGGUUGUGGAGGGAAUGACAAAAAUAGAUUUGAUGGCGAGAAGCAGUGUUUGGAUAGGUGUACUUCCAUGAGAACUACCGAAACGACACCAGCAGCUGCCACUUCGACCCUGAUUCCUCGAAAAGACAGAGGACCUCGAUUGACAUUUCAAGAAACAGGCGAUCAAAACACAUUUAUGUUUGCUCAGUCGAACACCUUCAUACAAAUAGACGGAGACAUCAUUCAGACGUUUCAACUAAGAUUGUGCCGUCAGAUAUCGUUUCAGUUCCGGACUCGUCUACCACACGGCCUUUUGGUAUACCACAACGUCAAAGUUCCUUCGGGGAUAUCUCUUCAGCCGUAUGCUUUGUACGUUAUCGUGCAACAAGGCCAACUCAAAGUAGUUCAUGUGUAUGGCAAGCACUCGACGGCUCUUACUGUUGGUAGAGGUUUGAAUAGAGAUCAGUGGCACUCAGUAACGGUUAGAAUAGACGUACACAGUGCAAGAUUGAUGGCUACAGUUGACGAUGUUAAAGGAGAAACCACAUUGAAGGGAUUAGAUAAAGAAAAUAACUAUGGCGUUUCUGCUAAUGUAACGUCUGUUAUACUCAUCGGAGGCUUAAGCUCCGAGGAAAGACUACACGGUGUCAAAUACAUCAUUGAAUCUUUCGUUGGUUGCAUCAAAAACGUGAUAUUAAGCACCGGAAAAUCAGCAUCUGACUUGUUGCCAAUAUCUCCGCUGAUCGCUACCAAGCAUGAAAAUGUGCAAGAAGGCUGUAUAGAUAAAUGUAAAACGAUCGAGAACCUCUGCUUCCAAGGAUCUAGAUGUAUCAACCACUACAACAGUCUAACGUGCGACUGCUUUGGCACCAAGUAUGAAGGAGAAUACUGUGAUAUUUAUACUGCUACAGUCCUUACACUACGAGGAUCGUCAUAUGUCUCCUACAGGGUGUACGACUGGAAAGAUCGAGUACACUCAUCAGUUACACGUUUCUCUAUGAUAUUCAAAACAAGAUUUGAUGAUUCUGCGUUGCUGUAUGCUGCUGGCGGCGAGCAGGGUAUUGACCACUAUAUAGCCGCAUCUAUAUUCAACAAUUCUGUGUUUGUUGAAGUCAACUUUGGAGACAAACCCCUCGUGACUGUUCUAGGAAGAACUCCAGAUUUCAAGCUUUACCAGUGGAAUAACUUGACCAUAUUCCAUGAAUAUGACCAGGUACAUUUGAUAUUGAAUGACGAACAAGUUACCCUCAACAUAACCCAUGGAAAUCCUUUGCUGUACAUUGACCCUGAGAUCUACAUAGGUGGAGGUCCUGAACUCCAAAAGAAAAUGGGAUUGCGAUCCACAAACAACUUUGUUGGAUCGUUGAAAUACGUCUUCUAUAAUGAAAUAUCCAUAAUAUACGAACUACAUAAAAACAACCCCAAGGUUCAUUAUAUAGGCAUUCUGCGGCCCGAAUUUUAUGAAGCAGACGUAAAAAAGAUUCCCAUAACAUUUCCUUUCUCAUCAUCCCAUAUUUGGUGGCACAACAAUAACACAGAUAGCUUGUCAUUAUCUCUAAGCUUCAAGGCGAGCAGUAACCUUAGUGUUAUCGCCUCCAGUGAAGCUCAAACUGGAAUAUAUUGGGAAGUCAGGGUAGUGAACGACGAAGUAAGAUUUGAGCUUUCAGACAACACAAAAAACGUCACGCAUCUGAUCAGCGUUAAGAAAACUCCAGGUAUUUGGCAUACGCUCAUCCUGAAUUACAGUCAUGAUGAUCUAAACCUGACAGUAGACAAUAAACAUAAGCAUGAGAAGAUUGCAGACUUAAAAUUUGCUAUAGGCGAUAAAAUUAAGGUCGCUGCCGGUUCGAGAUCUAAUUCAGGUUUAAUAGGAUGUAUGAUGGAUAUUAUAGUGAAUGGAGCUGUGUUAGAGCCAAGAUCGAUUCUACAAAGUGAGAGAGUUGUUGGAGAAGUUACAUUGGAUGAUUGCAGGUUCGUCGAUGCUUGUAAAAGACCAAAUACUUGUGAGCAUGGUGGCAAGUGUUCUGUAAAAGAAGAUAGACUGAUAUGUGAUUGUACGAAUACAGGAUAUAUGGGGAAGAAUUGUCAUUUUACCCAAUAUAGAAAAACUUGCGAAGAAUUAGCGCUUUUGGGAUAUACCAAACCAGAUGUGUACUUGAUUGAUAUUGACGGGAAUGGCAGGUUUCCACCAGCGCACGUGCGAUGUGAGUUCCAAAGUCUCGAAGAUGCUACCAAAACCAUAGUAGAGCAUAAUCUACCUAGUCAGAUGGACGUAAGGUCACCAUCUGAGAAAGAUUUUAGUUUUAGCAUCAAGUACAGGGAAUUCAGUGCUGAUAUGUUGCAGGAGCUUGUUUCACAUUCGCUGAACUGCAGCCAAUAUAUCCGGUACGACUGUCAGAAAGCUUCAUUAGAACUGCAUUCAGCUACCUGGUUUAUAAGCUCUGCCAAUCAGACGGUCGAUUUCAUUGGAGAUGUAAAAAGGGGAACCUGUCCAUGUUCAAUAGGGAAAAAAUGCGAGAAUAAGUCCCAAUGGUGCAGUUGCGAUGAUAUCAAAGAUGACAAGUGGUAUGCAGACGAAGGAUAUUACACUCACGCAGAUAGCUUAGGAAUCACUGAAAUGGUAUUUUUGCAACAACCUGAUCUACCAGAAGAUGCUCUUGGAAGAAUCACACUGGGGCCUUUGGAAUGCGUCGAAACAAAUACUCAAAGAUACGUCGUUACAUUCACCACCAGCCAGUCUUACAUAGAAGUGCCUGGCUGGCGAAAAGGUGACUUGGCAUUCUCCUUCAGGACAACCGGCAAGAAAGCAAUCCUGUUAUAUCAGCCACCGAUUCGACCUAACUAUCCUAGCUUCAUGGUCGCCCUGAGUAGUGACUUUCAGCUAACGUUCAAUUUUACAUUGAAUACCGGUGUCUCCAAGGAACUGGUGAUUAUAUCCGGUAGGAAGUUAAAUGGGGGUGAAUGGCAUAAAGUGUGGAUAGAUUAUAACAAAUAUCAUGUGAGGUUCAUGAUCAAUGAGGACUCCCAAAUGGUGAAUUUGAAACCCGAAGAGGAAUUCGGACCAUUUGAGGGAUCAAUGUUUAUUGGCGGUGGUCCUAGUGACCUUUUGGAUCCAAAAUCGUCAGUCCACCAAGGUUUGAUUGGAUGCUUCCGAGGAUUGGUAGUGAAUGAAGAAAUUCUGGACAUCUACAGUUAUAUGAGUGUUCAUUUAAGCGAAAUAAUAAAGGACUGCAAACCGUCCUGCGUACCGAAUCCCUGUCUGAAUGGAGCGCAUUGCAAGGAAUUGUGGAGCAACUUCGAAUGUAUCUGUCCUAAUCCUUGGGCUUACAGUGGUAUACAUUGUGAAACGAAUAUAAAUACUAAUGCUGUAACAUUCACUCACCCCGAAUCCUUCCUCCGAAGAAACUACCUCAUCAAUGACACUGAUCCUGAAAAGCCCGUCCUUACAAAUAUAUUCAAACGUCAAAUUCUAUUGAAUCUCAGGACUUACGGGAAAGUAGCAUUGAUAUUUUACGCAAACGACCACCUUAACAACUUUGUCCAUCUAUACAUUGACAAUGGAACGCAAGUAGUCUUCUUGUUCAACUACGAGAAUGAGAUACACAAUCUAACAGUGAACUAUGCUCAGUUAAAUACAAGCAAAUCAACACAGAUAGCAAUACAAAGGGAUGAGAACAAAACUACGAUGUACGUUAAUGAUCAAAACGUCACAAUUCCAUUAGGUGUGAAACUGUUGGAAAAAUACUCAAACAAACCUUGGGUGAAUCCUGAGAAAGAGGUAUUAGCACCACAGAGACCGCCAGCACCACCUACAGAAUACUUCCAACUAAAUCUUGGAGGAUUUGAUCCAGAAACACUACUUAAAGUUUCCGACGAUCCUCCUAAAUUACCUGGAUACGUAGGAUGUUUAAGAGGCUUGAAAAUUGGAGAUUGGAUGAUUGAUUUGCCUUCUAAAGUUAGUGACUCUGAGAAAGGAGUGAUACCUCACUGCAACAUGAAAUGCGACGACGUACCAUGCAAACAUGAAGGUAUAUGCAUAGAAGACUUCCGAAACCAAAAGCAUACUUGCGAUUGUGAGCACACCAGCUACUAUGGAGAAUUCUGUUCAGAGGAAAAAGGAGCUGAAUUUAACGGCGAGUCUAUUUUGUGGAGAGAGUACGUUCUGAAUGGAUCCGUAGAUCAUGUCAAGUUCCAGCUUGCAUUUUCAAGCGUGGAUGUUAGUCAGAAGAACACUGUUUUGUUGUUACUACAAACUGAGAACAACCGAAGUUAUUACUUACUAGUGGGCCUAAGCCUAGAAGGAUAUUUGACUGUACAAGAAGAUAGGGAAGGAGCAGUUUUCUCUACAACCGUCAAUCAGAAGAAUUUCAUUAACGGUGCAAGGCAUUCCGUAUGGUAUCGAAGGGAUUUUAACGAGUCUGAACUAUAUGUAGACAGGGAACUGACGCCCAUGAAGCAAAUACCAGCCCAGACGUUCACGAAUAUUCCUGAAAAAGGAGCCAACGAGGUUCAGAUCGGUGGACAUGACACCAACGAUCCUAGAUUUGCGAUUUACAAGAGAUACAGUGGAUGUUUGUCAAAUAUUUUCAUACAAGUAAAUGAACAUGUCAUGAAGCCCUUGGAAGAGUACAUGCUGUUCACAAAAACUGGUACUGAAAAAGUGAAUGUAUCGAAUCAGCAUGGAGUUAGGAGUGCGCAGUGUAGCGCAGAUUUUGAUGUUAUUCAUGAAAAAACACCAGGAACUACCAAUCUAAAUAUCAGUCAAGGGACGGACAAGACAUGGGUUCAAGAUGCGCCUCAGAGAAUUCUUUAUACGUCGAUAUAUUCUGCCACAACAGAAGAAGAAGAUGGACGAGAAAACAUUAUAGUCAUAGUUUUGGGAUCGUUUUUUAUUCUAGUGAUAGUGAUUUGUUGUUAUCACUUGUACAGAACUGAGAAAAAAUAUAGAGAGAAAAAGGAGUACGAAACGGAUGCCAGUAUAUUACUAUCAAAACAACAGGCUGCUGCGUUAUUGCAAGAAAACAACAAAACGAUUGUAGGAGAUACCACUGAUUCAGUACAACCAAAUCAAAAUGGAAAGAUACCAACUGAACAUUCUGGAAGUGUAAUCGUUGCCAAUGGUAAAAAAAUCUUAACAGAAGCUCCAGGUGAAAAUCUCGUUGUGUCUGAAGAAAAACAAGAGCAAGAAGGAAAACCAUUAAAAAGGGCGGAUAGCAAAAGAGAAAGAGAAAAACGCCCGAGAAUUAGCUUUAGAGACAGUUCCAGUGAGCUGUCUUGGGAAAAUGGCGAAGAAGGUACUGAUCUUCUGAGCCCAAUGCCGGAAGUUGUCGAGGAAGAUGAAGAAGAAGUAGAGGAGGAAGAAACAGAUGAAACAGCCGAUUCACAAGUUGCGAUACCAGUACCUCUAACACCUUCAGCUAGGAGAUUGAGACAACCUCCACCCAACAGUAAUCCACUAGCAAAGCCUCUGCCUUUUAUGAUCGACGAAUUGGGAAAUUGUGCAUAACAGGAAGCUUGGGAACUGAUUAGUGUUAGCUUUAAGCUCAUGACAAACGAAAUUGAAGAUCUCGACGAUGAUAUGGAUGCUCAAGAUAGUGAACUACAACCACUAAGUAAACCUAAUGGAAUCGAAACAAUGGAAUCUCCAAAUAAUUUUCAAACAAAAACAACGGAAGCGAAGAACUGCAUGCCAAGAGGAAGCUUAAAACCUGUGUUUCUGAAUGAGUAUCAACGAAAGUUUGGCAACCCUAUAAGCUAUUUAGGAGGACCAAGCUUACCCCAAAGAAACAGGUGGUCUGUUGAAAGUGUGAUGUCGCUAGACUAGAUUUACAUAAAAGUAUUAUCCAAGACAGUGACUAGUGAUAUUCGCGGAUGUCUUGUAGGAUUUUCUUGUGGCACGUGCGAUUACUUUUUUAAUAUAAUAAAAACUGUUUAAACGUAAAUUAUGCAGGACCUACUACUCGUAUUGUAUGUUUCGGGAGUUGCUUAACAAACCUACUAGUCAAGCUGAAAUUCGGUGUGCUGAAAUUGAUGCACUUACGAGUAUAUGUUAAUCAAUGGUAAAAGCGACAUGUAACAAUUUCAACAGGGCGCCACUUAGAACAUACUAUAGGAGCCUAAAUUCCAGGGCACCGCAGCUGCUGUGAGGAGAUUAUAGAAACUUUGAUAAAUCGAUUUUUAAACUGCCUAAGGUUAGUAGAACUGGGAAAAGUACGAAGUUCAACAUGGUUAUAAAGGGAGGCCGAAGUCAGGCGGGUCCAUCUGGCAUAUCUAACCCUGUUGAUAUAACGGUAGAAGAGAGCUAGAUCGCCGACGGCCCGUCGGUGCGAAAGGGUCCCAAAACUGUCCGUUAGAGAAAAGUCAUCGAUAAAUCGGGCAGCCCUUCUCUUGGACAGCAUCGAGCAUGGAUAAUGCAGUCGAGACAGCAAAAGUUUCAAACGAAUGUUGAUGGGUUUCUAGGGGGCAAAAUGAUAAUGGUUACCUCGACUACAACAACCUUCAAGGUCAACUGGAUAUUUUCAAACAGAACCGCCUUUUCCACAUCGGAAUUGAAGAUGAAGAACUUUACGUCCAAACAUCAUGAUUUUGACCAUUACCUUCAAGGUAAAAUUUCCUGCUUUUUCCAUUUCCAGUAUUCUAUUUGGAAAUUUUGACUAGAUCUUGCAGGUCAUGGCCAAGGUCGCCUUUGGAAGAUUCCCACAAACAUCACAACUGUUCUGUCGAACAUUUUAAUUAGAGCAAAUUGUUUUGGAUAGCUUGGUGACCUUCAAGACAACUGUCAAGGUUAUGGCAAAGGUGGUGUUCUGACCGAAAAUGAGAUCCCAUGUGAAAAAGGGGGGUUACAUUUAAAAAUAUUCACUUGACCUUGAAGGUCGUUGUCAGUGACCAUCAUUUUGCGCCCUUGAAACCUCACAACUUUUGUUUAAAACUUCUUUACGAAAUAUUUAGAUUGAAAUGGGGCAGUGAAUAGUACUCAUAAAGAGCUUCAAAACGAGGUAUCACAUGACCCCUCAUUCUCCAUUUAUAAAAUCUUCCAAGAGGGCGCCCCAGCGACAUCUAGAAAUUUUCAACUGCAACUUUUAUGCUAAAAUAUAUUGUUCAUGCUUGGAUUUCAUCAUCCCGAAUUUCGGCUUGCGAUCUUUACACGUUUACAAAUAUGGGGAAGGACCUUUGACAUUGUACCAUAUGUCAUCUGCUGGUAACUUAUAAUAAACCAGCUCCAGCAAUGAAAUGUACCUGUAGUUAAUAUUGCACCCACGUGCGUCAUAUAGACAACACACAACACAACAUCCAUGGCUCGGAAUUAACAUGAGGCGAAGAUUCGAAACCGCGAGCCCCGGGUUGCCAGCUCAACAUGCUAACCACCGCGCUACAGAGGUUCCCAAGGUUAUGAUUCAACUAAAAUUGAAAAGAACAUAUGUGGACCUACUUUAUUAUAUUACUGAUUAUUUAAUCAACCUCAAAAUGCUAUAAAUAGUUUAAAAUUCAAUGUCUUUUUAAUCAGGAACCUUUAGAAGAUAUAGACGUACUCUCAUUGAACCACCAUAUAUUGUUUCUUGUAGUUUCUAUCAAAUCUGAUUUUAUUAAAACUUUGUCGACGUGCGAAGGUACUAUUUGUUUCGAUUAACCCUUCUAAUAAAACAACAUUCUCUAUAAAUGAUUUAUUCUCACAGUACUUCUUUAAAUAUAAAUAUAUUCACAAU